AUGCUGGUGCCUGCUCUGUCAAUGGCUGUGUUCCCGACGCCGGCCUUGCCGGCCUUGCCUGCCUUUGGACUCAGACGCGUCCUUCUGGUGGCCUUGGCGGCUUUGGCUGUUUUCAACCCGUCCGAGGCGGCCAACCUUUGCUACAAAGUGGAAGAUAAAAAGUGUACGGGCUACCACGCCCAGACACACCAGCUGCCCAGAUAUCCGGGCCGCACAAUAUACACAAAGGGCUUCAAAGGGGGCACAAUCUGGGUCAAGUUCCAGUCCCGCAAAAGAGUAGAUCCCAGCUCUAGCGUGACGCAGAAUCUGGUUUACAACUUCAAGCUCCGGGAUUGGAAGGGAGUGUACUGGAUCCAACUGGCGGAUUCUGAAGAUGUGAUGCAUUGCUACGCGAUAUCCGGCGACUGCGAUGUCGUGGUUGAGGACUGGGAAUAUCCCAAGAAGAAGGGGUAUCCGCAGACCUAUCUCCUCUCAUGA